GCUUGCUGCGAGAGGGGUUACGCCUGCAUCGCGCAAGACGACCGCGCCAUCGAACGCGACGCGACCGACAGUGAACGACGACCGGCGACGGGGCGACCAGUGCGUGGUGUUUGUUGGCGCUGUCACUUAUGUGCGCGGCGGACCGCUAGUUGAGACCGGCGAGCGAGGCCUGCUCGACUGACAGGCGCUGGGAAGAGACGAGCGCGAGCGAUGGAGCGCGCUGACGCGCCGCUGGGCUUGGAGAGCCGUCAGCGCGCGGCGGCGGCCGGCGGCUGUGUGGCCGUGUACCUGCGGCUGCAGGGCAGGAUGCUCAGAAGUUCAGGGAGCGCAGAGAGCCGCAGCCGCUGGUCGCGGCCGGUGACGCGGCCGUCGUCGUCCGCCGAGGCCGGCUCACGGGGUCACGGGCCCGGCCGGCCCGGCGCGCAGCCGGUCGGCGCCGAGUGCCGCGGCGCCCCUGGCAGGGGGUCGGCCGAGCGGGCCGGCGAGGUGGCCGCCCGCCGCCCCCGCCCCCGGCCGCCCGGCGCGCUUCGACACCUUCUGAUGCUGCUGCUCCUCUCGUCAGUAUUCCGGAUAGCAGAUGGCUGCUCGUCGCGCGCCAACCCCAAGCCCCGAGGGCCGUCCUCACCAUCGACACGACGGCCCUCGUUCACGUUCAACACAGAGCCGUGCCCGCCCAUGUACCAGGCCAAGUACUGCCUGCACGGCUCCCGCUGCUUCAAGGUCAACAUCGGACAUAACCCCGUCUACAGUUGCGAGUGCACGGACGGCUUUAUGGGUCAACGGUGCGAGUACAAGGAUCCAGACGGCUUCUAUCCUCAUCUGAGGCGCUCAGGUAGGCCAAAGCCCCGUCCUCCGCUGUCGAGAGGUCUCUUACUGCCCUCUGCCGACCUGAUCCUAAACCGGGAUCCCGCCUGGGAUCCACGGGAUCCGCCACUGGACCUGAAUAUGUCCCUGGACCUGAUGGAUCCGUACCUGGACCUGAAUACGUCACUGGACCCUCUGGAUCCUCCCACGGAUCCGCCACACCCGACUGGACCCGGCCCGGGGCUGGAUCCGGGCCGGAGGCGGGAUCCUGGACCCCCGGCUGAGGCUCAACUCAAGCCUAGUGCUGGGUGGGAUGUCUCUCAGCCUUCCUUACUCCCAGCCGGACUGAGUUCUUCGAGCUGGUCUUCGCCUUUGUCAUCAGCAUCAUCACCCUCAUCCGCUGACACUACAAGUCCUACCGCCACUACAUCAGUGUCUCCCGCUUCAUUAUCAUCAACAUCCGUCCCUCCGUCUUCGCCUCAUCCAGCGACUCCUGUUCCGGCUCCUGGGUCAGCUCCUGCUCCUACUGCUGCUCUGACUCCGACUCCGAGUCCGUCCGAUCCUGUCCUGACUCCGACUCCGACUCCGACGUCGCCCUGCGCGAGAGAUGCAGGCUCCCGGGACGCCAUCGUUGAGCAGGCGUCGAUCGCCGGAGGUGCGGGCGUGGCUCUGCUGGUCUGUCUGCUCCUAUCCGGACUGCUCUAUGUGUGGAGCAAACGGCGCAGCAAGUCGGCGGCGUCGAGUGGCCAGGUGACGCCCCGGUUCGGGCUGCGCCAACCAACCUCUCACGUGGUCGAGAUGGAGCCACCGACGAUACCGGCGGCAACCAAUCAGCAGCCGAGCCCGGCUGACGUCAUCGAACUGCAGCCCGCUGAUAGGUGGACGCCGCCGCAGCCGCCGGCUACGCAGACUGUACCGCAGGACACGCCGGCGGGCGAGGCUCCCACGGCGGCUCCCGCGGCAGCUCCCGUGGCCGCUCCCGCUGCUCCCAACGCUGCUCCCGCGGCUCCCGGGGAAGCUCCUCAGGCGACCGGAGCCGGAAAAGAGCCCACUGGAUCUAUCGAUGAUGGAAAUUCAUCUCACUCGGACUCUGUUGAGCCACAAAGCCGGCAAUGCGACAGACCGCCCUAGGGCCGUAGUGACGACUUUCGCUGAGCCGCCGCCUCCCCGCUGCCUAAAGUCAUCGCGGUUACUUCUGAUUCUUCUGCGGUGCUGGCAGCGGCGGCGGCGGUGGUCAGAAAGUCGAAGAAGGAAAGAGCGAGGGAGUGAGUGAGAGCGAGAGUGGCGGGCCGCCCCGCGCGCUCGUUUCUGCUAGUCUGGAUGAGGGGCCGCUGAGCGUCGUGUCAUACUUCAAUACGUGAACGCGCAGUGAGGAGGGGGUGGGGCGGAUGGGCGGCCGGCCGGCGGCUCGCUCCAUGUGUAAAUACUUUCCCCGCUGUCGUGUGACUGAGAGUGAGAAUGUGCGACUGAGAUGGACUAUUUAUUGCUGGUGAGCCGUUUGUAGGUGUGACUGUGCGUCAGUGCACGCGCGCGCCAACACACUAUGAAUUUUUAGCAUUUUGUCUCCGGUGUGAUCUCGGCGUCUGUGGCGCCGCCGGGCGGGGUUUUAGCGCAACGAUAGUUCUGUUAUCGGCCGCGCGGCGGCGCUGGUGGCGCGGCGGCCGGUGGCGGCGCGUUAGUCUGUUGUGUUUUGUUGAGAUGUGACGCCACCCUGACCGUGUUUUAUUGGUGACCACGCCGGACGGUCGGCGCGGCCGACUAGGGGGGGCCCCCUCCCCGGGCGUCGGGCCGCGCCGCCGUCCGCCGCCGCCGCGCCGGUGAUUGCCGCGGCGCGGAAUCUGAUUGGUGAGCGCGCAUCGGAGGCUGUGUCCGUAUUGACAGAGUUCCUUGCUGUUUGUACGUGUGGCAUAGUCGUGCUGCGCUUGUAUAGCAUGUGAUUGGUGGCGACAAAGUUCCUCGUAUAUCAGAAUGUAGCGUAUUAUAUGGCACUCACCAAGAUUGAAUUUGUAUAUAAAUAAAGAUGACUUUGCAAUG